AUGCAGAUUCUCUUUCAUCUUUCCAACCGACCGGAUCUGGAGUUCCGGUUGAACCUCUUUUGCUGCACUCGUUUGAAUGAUUAUUUUGAUGCUCAACUGUGCUUCCACAAGCCUCAGGUUACAGAUGUUGUUCUAAACUUGUCUGAAGGCCGUUUUUCGCCAGCACUCAUCGGUCUGCCAGCUCGAGGGCCUCUUUUUUUGUUGCGUAAUUCUCGUUUCCUUUUCCGUACGCCAACCAGACUCGUUUCUGUUUAUGAUCCACGCUGUGGGCACUUUUUAAUUGCCCCGUUUUGCACAUCGACAUGCCAUACUUUCGAUAUUGCCUCGCUUGAGAAGGCAUGCCAGAUCGACCUGCGCCGCUUCUCCACCACACCCAACCAGGAGCCAGACCAUUUUUAUGACCUCCUUCGUUUGACUGGUCGUCUAUUUCGUUGUACUCCAAAUUUCUUGAGGGAUUAUUUUCCCUCAGGUCGAAAUCUAACCUUUCAAUUCAUCAGAUCGGAUCAAUACUUUGUCUCUACUGGGCAAACGAAAACGGGCUGGGUAGCCCUGAGUGAUGAAGCCGACUCGGCGUCACGUAAAGAAGGUGAAUUUUUAGCGUUGCUUCCUUCUACCUGCUAA